AUGACGCCGCACACGCAGUCCCGCCCCUGCAGAGAUCGGUGCUGGGACGGAACCCGGGUUUCUCUCAAACCCGGAAUGUGAGGCUUUGGCCCGCUGUCUCCGGCUCCCUACCCCGCUCUGUACCCGGGCCUGCUGCCGGUGCCCCACAGCUCGCCCCGGAGGAGCCAGGACGGCCGUGCCCUUUUGCCGUGUGCCCGCGUGGCUGCCGCCGCCCCUCCGAUUCCUCCGGGGCCGCAGAGGAGUUCGCUACGGAGGGAGGCGGGGGCCUUCGGGAGGAGGAGGCGGAGGAGGCGGAGGAGGAGGGAAGGAAGAUGGCCGCCGUGGAACUAGAGUGGAUCCCAGAGACUCUCUACAACACCGCCAUCUCCGCUGUCGUGGACAACUACAUCCGCUCCCGCCGAGACAUCCGCUCCUUGCCCGAGAACAUCCAGUUCGAUGUGUAUUACAAGCUUUACCAACAGGGACGCUUAUGUCAACUGGGCAGUGAAUUUUGUGAAUUGGAAGUUUUUGCUAAAGUAUUGAGAGCUUUGGAUAAAAGACAUUUGCUUCAUCAUUGUUUUCAGGCUUUGAUGGAUCAUGGUGUGAAAGUUGCUUCAGUCUUGGCCUACUCAUUCAGUAGACGGUGCUCUUAUAUAGCAGAAUCAGAUGCUGCAGUAAAGGAAAAGGCUAUUCAGGUUGGCUUUGUUUUAGGUGGCUUUCUUUCCGAUGCAGGCUGGUACAGUGAUGCUGAGAAAGUUUUUCUGUCCUGCCUUCAGUUGUGUACUCUACAUGAUGAGAUGCUUCAUUGGUUUCGUGCAGUAGAAUGUUGCGUGAGGUUGCUUCAUGUGCGAAAUGGAAACUGCAAAUACCAUUUGGGUGAAGAAACAUUUAAGUUAGCUCAGACAUACAUGGAUAAACUCUCCAAACAUGGCCAGCAAGCCAACAAAGCUGCCCUCUAUGGAGAACUGUGUGCACUCCUAUUUGCAAAAAGUCACUAUGAUGAGGCAUAUAAAUGGUGCAUUGAGGCAAUGAAAGAAAUCACAGCAGGCUUACCAGUCAAAGUUGUGGUGGAUGUUUUAAGACAAGCUUCUAAGGCUUGUGUUGUAAAACGUGAAUUUAAGAAGGCAGAGCAGUUAAUUAAACAUGCAGUAUAUUUGGCACGGGAUCAUUUUGGAUCCAAACACCCAAAAUAUUCUGAUACACUUCUAGAUUAUGGGUUCUACUUACUCAAUGUAGAUAAUAUCUGUCAGUCUGUUGCAAUUUAUCAGGCAGCCCUUGACAUUCGGCAAUCAGUAUUUGGUGGCAAAAAUAUCCAUGUAGCAACUGCUCAUGAAGACUUGGCUUAUUCUUCUUACGUUCACCAAUAUAGCUCUGGGAAAUUUGACAAUGCGCUAUUUCAUGCUGAAAGAGCUAUUGGCAUCAUUACCCACAUCCUACCUGAAGAUCAUCUUCUUUUGGCUUCUUCAAAGAGGGUGAAAGCACUUAUUUUAGAGGAGAUUGCUAUUGACUGUCAUAAUAAAGAAACUGAACAGAGGCUGCUUCAAGAAGCUCAUGAUUUGCACCUGUCUUCACUCCAACUAGCUAAAAAAGCUUUUGGAGAAUUUAAUGUACAGACUGCAAAACACUAUGGAAACCUUGGAAGACUUUAUCAGUCAAUGAGAAAAUUUAAGGAAGCUGAAGAAAUGCACAUCAAAGCAAUUCAGAUUAAAGAGCAACUUCUCGGUCAAGAAGAUUAUGAAGUGGCCCUUUCAGUGGGACAUCUGGCUUCUUUAUAUAAUUAUGACAUGAAUCAAUAUGAAAAUGCUGAGAAACUUUAUUUGCGAUCUAUAGCAAUUGGGAAGAAACUUUUUGGUGAAGGCUACAGUGGACUAGAAUAUGAUUACCGAGGUCUCAUUAAACUUUACAACUCCAUUGGAAAUUAUGAGAAAGUGUUUGAAUAUCACAAUGUUCUGUCUAACUGGAACCGGUUGCGAGAUCGACAGUAUUCAGUGACCGAUGCUCUGGAAGACGUCAACACCAGCCCCCAGUCCACUGAAGAAGUGGUGCAGUCCUUCCUGAUUUCUCAGAAUGUUGAGGGACCGAGCUGCUGAGGGAUGGCCUCAGUUAACUAAUUUACCUUUUCCCAGAUUCCAGGGAAUUCAUACUGUGAAAUCAAAACCAUGUUGUUUUUGGGGCUGGAAUUUGCAUUGAAACACUGGUCCAGUCCAUUGACCCUAUUUGGGUGAUCCCUAUCUUGCAGAGUGUCCGUAGGAAUAAGCCUAUAUUCAGUUAUAUUCAGCAUGUACCGCAUGUAUAAGUAGUCUGGCCCAUAUUUUCAACUUAGUAGAACAAACAACAGGAAUUUUUUUUUUCUUUUUAAAAAAUAAUUCAUUUUGCAGAAAGCCUGAAAGAAAAAAAGAACCCCAAAAUAAAACUAUUUAAGAGUUUAAAAGAGUUGCAUUCUUAUUAUGUAAGGAUGAUUUUAACAACUUUUUAACAUAUAAUUCUUCCUUGUGGAGGUAUUCAAUACUGUACUGUAGAGAAAUUUUAUGGGGAAAAUCUUUAUAUGCAGUAUAGAAAAGUUAACACAAGUACUAAUAGAAGACGGACAUCCUGACUUAGGUUUGGCUCCCUGACCCAGAGAAGUGGGUACCACCACUCCAGAGCUCUAUUACAAGGGAAGGGCUGACAGAUUCAUCUGUAUUGGACCAGUGUUGAUCUGUAAGUAAUAGAAAAGCUGAUAGACCAGCAAUUUUAACUCUUUGGUUUUUGUUUUUGUUUUUUCUUUUGGUACAACAAUGUAAGAUGCUCUGAUAGCAUUUGCUAGCAGGACCAGGAGAAUCUAAAAAGGACCAGCCUAAUAUAGAAAGGGCUGAAGGGUUAUUUGGACCAGAGGCUUUAGAUUUUUAUUUUAGCCCCUGCAUAUACCUGUAUCAGUAGAGUGAUUUCAUUUAGAUGUAUAAUGAAAAGUGAUAAUGCAAAAAUUGUAUUCAUAUAAUAGACACCAAACUAGGGAAUUUGGCAAUUUCAGUGGCAUAUCUUUAGUCAAGGUACACAGAUGGCAAUGCCAUAAGCAAGUCUAUAAAUAUGCGUAUCUGCUACAGCCAUUCCCUCAUUUUAAAAGUUACUCUAAUAAUCAGUGCAGUUAACAAAUAUAUUAGCUAAGAGUCAUUAAAGAGCUCUUUUCCAGAUGGGAAUUUUAGGUUACUAUAUGGUUUGUGGGGAUUAAUGGAAAAAUGAAUGCCCCCAAAUAAACAAGUCGUCUUAGAAAUCUUUCAAUUUUAUGGUAAAUAAUAAUACAACUAAGUCAUUGUACUUGAAAUUCAAGAGUCAUAUGGAAAGAUCCCCUAAUAAUACAUCUGUUUCACUAAUGUGUCUUCUGUUUAUUGGGUUUUGAUUUUUAUUUUAAGCCAGCCAGGUUAUUUAAUGUUGAGGUAAUAUUCAAAUUUGAGAAGUGUGACAUGUAGCAGUCCAAGAAACAAAAAGGUCUUUUGCUGUUACCUCAAUUCUUAUUAUAGUGGCCUAUUCGGUGCCUCUAUAGUUAAGAAUCAGGGUUUUCUCCCCCUAUUUUCAGGGGUUUCAUAACUUGGCUGUUAGAGAUGGUUACUCCCGGCUUACGCUUACGCUUGGAGUAGUCUAUGGGCGAGUGAAUGUGUUGAAUUUUGGUUUUCUUUUAACAUGCACAUUGGGGUGUGAGGGGGAAGAAAAAACCUUAACUCAGCCACAUUGGAUACGGAAAAUUUAAUUGGAGAGUUAAGACAAAUUUGAUUUUAAACACUUUUUUGAACUUCCCAAAUAUAACCUUAUUUAAAACUGUUAUUAGAAGUUGUUGUUAGUUGUGAGCCAGUGUUUUUAAGUCCCCAGGAGGGAACUGACUGGGGGAGGUACCUAAAGAGAUGAAGCAAGCCCAGAUCCUAAGAUUAUAACUGUGAUUUCAAAACCUGAGUUUAUUCCUUAAAUUCAAUUAUUUUCUUUUCAAUUUUGAAAACAGUACAUUGGCAUACCUCCUCCCCCCUCCCCCCAGUUAAUUGCAAUCUAAUGCCAAGAGGCACCUCUCUGUUAAUUACCAAAUAGUCUGUGUGACCAAGAACUAACAUUUUUAAGUUACUCAGCUCUAUCCUCAUGGGCCUAUAUAUUUAAUACCUCCAAAGAUAUUUUCAGGAUAGGCUUUGUAUACUUUUGUUGGUUAUUUAGAGUCCUGUGGUAUGUUUGUGGUAUAGGAAUGUCAUGGUAAAUUGUUUUUCAAUAAAUAUUUUGAAACUUAUGUUUCCACAUGAAGUUUUUUUUUUUUUAAUUACAUUUUUUGGUUGUAUGCACAUAGCAUUUCCUAGGAUAAAAUCGAGCAAAUGACUUAAGGCCUCAUCCACUCUAAAUUCCGUUUGAACUUAGCUCAGCUCGCACUCAGUGAUAAAGCAGCAUGAUAUUCAGAAGCCUGGGAUCGCAGGGUGACAAUGUUAAGUGGCAGCCAGUUUUUCUUAAAAAAAAAAAAAAAAAAUCAUUAUUGGUAGUUUCUCCCUUAUUACCAUUGCUUUAGUGUAGCUUCUGUAAAUCCAUACACUUUGAUUUAAUGCAAAUACUCUAGGUGGAGAAAAGAGAUUGCCAGUUUCUGUUAGUGAUGUAGCCUAAUAUGCUAUUAUUUCUGGUUCUGAUGAAAAAAAAUACCCUAAUAAUUUAAAAUGUGGGAUUUAUCCUUUUAGUAGGGAUGUUUAGGAUAAGUUGAAGAGGUAAAUGUCACCGUGAUCUCUGGGGUUUAAAAAAAAAAAGUCAAAGGAAGAAAAGUAAAAUUUACCUCACACUAGCCAAUAGCUUGCACAAACUUCUCAUGUGGUGGGAUUGUGUGUAAGGAAGCCUAGAGCAACGUAAAGAUUUUUCUGAAAGUUCAUCACAGUAAUGUUAAAUAAGGGGCCUUUGGUCUCAACCUCCCUGACUUUACAUUUCUUUUCUCUUUCCCAGUGUUUUCCCUAAAGUUUGGUGCUACUCAAGUUGGGUGCAUCAGGGCGCUCUGUAACACUCAUGUGCCACACAGGUGGUCAGCCACGCGUGCAUUCAGUUUAUUGAAGCCAAUUGGUCUUUUUGGCCAUAAUUUUUAUGGGUGCCCAAAGCUGACUUUGCUCCAAGCAAUGGGACCCUUAUUAACAUCAAAGCUCUGCCUUUGCUUAAGAAUGAACUCACUAUUGCUUUGUAGUACCUCCUGUAGUACCCCAAUAUGCUUUCAUUUGUGAAAAUAAAAGAUUUGACAAAGACCUUUGUCCCUAGGCUUUUUGGAAGAGUUCGUAAUGUGAAAAUUAAGGGCAGAGGCUAUAAUCUUAUAAAUAAUGAGUUACCACUUGGCUGCUCCUUAUAUUGCAAACAGAAUGCUGAACAGUAAACACAUGCCUAAAACAUGAUUGAAGCUUUUGGCCAUACUUUUGAAUGAAUGGUUUGCUAAAUAGCAGGUAUAGUUAACUACCAUUUGAUCACCCCCACCCCCACCCACCCCCAGAAUUUGUAGCCUUGCUGCUUCCAAACUCUUUUUUUUUUUUUUUUGGAUGGCAAAGUUACAACUGGACAAAUACUUAUUUAUAAUAAGUGCAAACUUUUUUAAGAGUUUUAUUUUUGCUUUGAAAAUUAACAUAUUUCACCUCUUGACUUCGGAGGACCUCAGAUCUUGCUAGGAAAUUUUUUUAACCUGACAUUUGGAUUAAUCUCCAGCUUGAACACUAGUAGUUGUAUUGUCCACAAAUCUCAGGAAUGUUUUAGGCAGAAAACUGGUUUUACCCUGUUGGUGAUCUGAAGGAGUGUGCAUUAGGAUUUAUUAAAUAAUAACCUUCUUUAAUUGCAAUCCUAGGUAUCAGUAGCAUGAGUGGCCUUAGUGAGUUUGUUGAAGUGUACAUUUUUUUCAAAAGUAAAAUUUAAGAUUAAAAAUAUAUGCUAUAUAUAGAUAUCUAGAAAACUUGGUUUGUGGUGCACAAGUUAAGUGUUGAAUCACUAAAUAACUGUUGCAGGUACAAUUUGUGUAACAUUUCUCAUUUCUGUAUAUUCCUUUUAUGGGAAGAUAUGUUGCCAUGGUAACUAAAACUUUUCAAUUUAGUUUUACUUUUAUGAUGUGAAUGAAUGCUACAUUUUAAUAAAUAUUACCAGGUCAGUAUACUAUUUUUAUACUUUAUUAAGCAACAGGGGAUUUUAGUUUAAUAGACUCUAAAAGGUCUUAAUGAAACAAAAGCAAAUCACUGACAACUCUUUACAUGAAAAUCCCCAUUAAUUGUGCCACAGUAAUUUCUAUAGAAAUAUCUAAGGUCAUUGAUGGAUUUUUUUAAGACAGUUCAUUGUGUCAGAAUGACCUUUCAUAUCCUUAUCAUAAACUUGUAGUGCCCACCAUUAUUUGUAAUCAUUAAACCAUACUAAGUAUGUUUGUAACCAGCAUUGUGAUAUAUUAUUCUGUACUUGUAUUGCUAAAAAUGAAUUAUUGACCUAAUAAAUAUAGUGUUCCUGCA